AUGAGCACACCAAAGACUAAGCUGUCAAUACGUGACCGCGCAGUCUUUCUUGCUGCCAUCGUCAAGACACUACUCGCCGCAACCGGGGGGAUGGUGACUGGCCUUAUCAGGUCCAGCUCACAGGCGCGCUCGUACAAGAAGUAUGUUCUUUACACCAUCAUGAGGGCGUAUUCAAAAUAUGUGCCAACACGAAUCAUGCAAGCAACAUCACCAACCACCGCAGACACAUACAACAAGUUCAUCCAGUCGAAGUCGCUUCCAUCCAGGACUUCAACGAUGGAAGAUGGAUCCACGGGGUAUUGGAUUGGAGAGGAGGAUGCCACGGCUGUGCUGCUUUUCUUCCACGGGGGAGGAUAUGCUAUGUCGGCUGUCCCACCUCAUUUCCAAAUCCUACAUGGGAUUGAGCAGCUGGCCAAAUCUAAAGGAUGCUCGUUCUCGGCGGUAGUGAUUGAAUACACGCUCGCCCCGGCUACGAAAUAUCCGUCUCAACUGACACAGGCCGUUAAUGCCUACAAACAUCUAACUGAAAAGUUGGAUAUUCACCCCUCUAGAAUCAUAAUAGCGGGUGACUCGGCUGGGGCCCAUCUAUCACUCGGCCUUCUGUCCCAUCUAACUCACCCUCAACCCGAGCUUCCGAAGACGAGCGCAACUGAACCAGUUGCAGGCACAUUACUGAUCUCGCCAUGGGUGACGUUCAGUACCACGGCUGCCUCCAUGCAGACAAAUCGCUACAAGGAUUGCAUUGAUGCCGGGCCUCUCGAGAAGUGGUCGCAAGCUUUCAUCGGCGAUGCAGUACAAGACAACUAUAACAUGCCUCUCAAAGCCAGCCCGGCAUGGUGGUCCAACACGAAAUCUAAGAAGAUAUGCGUCAUUGCCGGCCAAGAUGAGUUAUUUGUCGACGAUAUUGAGGCAUUUGUAGGGAAAUUGAAGGUUCAUCGUCCAGACGUCGACUAUUUUGUUGCAGAUGCCGAGCCUCACGACUCACCUGUCCUCUACUCUAUGAUGAAUCUUGAAGAAGCAGCGGCCACGAGGAAGCUGAGAGAAUUUGUUCUCGAGACAUGUCUAAGCAUCGCCUCGGUGUAA